AUGAUCGUCUGCCUCGCCGUCGUCGGCCACCAGAACAAUCCUCUGUACAUACAGAGCUUUACAGAGGCAGAUGACGCGCUCAAGCUCCAUCAUAUAGUUCACUGUUCGCUCGACGUCGUCGAAGAAAGAGUGAAUAACCCGAAAAAAUCGGGCCCGACAAUAAACGAGGCGUUUCUUGGUUUGUUAUAUCCAACUGAAAACUACAAAGUGUAUGGUUACUUGACGAAUACCAAGGUGAAGUUUAUACUGGUGACAACAGACCUUGAUGUCCGAGAUGUAGACGUGAGAAAUUUUUUUAGGAAGUUUCAUGCUGCCUAUGUUGAUGCAGUAACGAACACGUUUCACAUUCCGGGUAAAAAGAUCAUAUCCAAAAUCUUUGCUGAAAGAGUCAGUUCGAUGGUUAAGUCCUUUGGGUUGAAUCCAACAAACUGA